AUGAUGCCCCAGACUUUAGCCAGGAAGAGACAAUUCCUGUUAUCCAAGACCAAGAGGAGACAGCGUGAAAGGACUGCACUUCCUAUGAGGCUGACCAACUGCAUUUUCAAGAGGCCAGUCACAAGGAUAACUGCCCAUCCUGGCAAUGAGGUCAGGCACAGGCAACAGGAGGAGACCUGGGAGAAGCCCCAGCAAGUCUGUGCGUACAGGAGACUGCAGGGGCUCCAGGCCUGCAGCAGUGAAGGAGGACGGUUAAGCACUUGGGAUAUCACAAAUACCAUGGAAAUAAUUGCACCCAGAAGUGCAGGUGAAUCCCUGUGUCAUACUGAUCUGGAUUCUCUACGCACCAGCCCCAAGCCCACCACUGCACAGUUUUUAAAUUUAGCAGAGAUGAUCCCAGGAGCAGGUCGCUGUGUCCCACAGAUUCUCAGAGGGCAACCAGUUACCCGUGGAGAUGUCCAGAGACAGACUCUGAAAGUGAAAAAAAUAAGAGAGAGACUGGCUGUGGCCUUGAGGGCAGACUGGCCAGGGAGGCAGAGAGAGCCAGAAGCCAGGAAGAAUGUGGUAACAACUGAAUGA